CACGUGUCAGUUUUAAAAGUCGUUCGAAUGUCUGGUAAUGACGAACAGAGUCGAUAGAAAUCGAAAGCCGGUGUGGCGUGGAGCCAUUUCGGCAACCUCUUCUCUCUCUCUCUCUCUCUCUUUCUUUCUCUAACUGAAUGGAACAUACAAUUACUGUGGCUUCUCUUUCCCUCUCCAUUCAUGAUGCUUUUGCUUUGAGCUCACCAAGAACUCAUAGCAGCUCUCUAUUACCGACUUCGAAUCUUGCAAGAAUCGGAACUACCUUUGCCACUGGUUCUCCGCUUUCAUGGAGAAUUUCUCACCGAAGGAAUCGUUCAUGCAAAGCUACUCCAGUUUCAGUGAGAUGUGAGCAAAAUACCCAGGGGGACAACAGGUUGGAUGUAUGGCUAGGUCGGCUUGCAAUGGUGGGCUUUGCAGUGGCCAUUAGUGUUGAAAUAGCAACAGGCAAGGGACUUUUGGAGAAUUUCGGGCUCACAACACCCUUGCCUACAGCAGCCUUAGGAGUUACAGCAUUAGUUGGUGUUUUGACUGCUGUAUUCAUCUUCCAAUCUGCCUCAAAAAAUUGAUCACACUUGAUGUUUGUAAAGCAUGAUUGAAGCUACAUAUAAUUACAUUUUUUGUUCAUUUAAGUGUAACUUUCUCUCAAUCUCAAUGUUUGAAAAUGUACUAAUUUUAAUUUAUGUGAAGGAUUUAUAUGCAGUUUUUCUCUCCUUAAAUAUA